UGGCGGCUCUGCUUCUCGAACAGGCACACGCCAAUACCAGGAGUGCCUAUGUGAUUGCAUAUAUGGACAGCAUAGCGAGCGGCGCACUGGCAAAGUCGUUUGCUUUUGCCCUUUCGUGAACACUGCCACUCCAGUCUGCGGAAAAGACUAUCAAUCUCUUGUCCAAUCUCAACUCACAACUACCCGCGACUGAAGUCAAUCCGCAUUUACAUCAUUGCGGCCUCUGCGCAGCCUCACCGUCCGAUGACAACACACAUCACUGCGCCGCAAUCACAACUGCACUGAUAUUCAGCGUCCAACACCUAGGCGACCUUGUCGGUAAUUGUAUUGCAGUUGCGCAAGGGCCCAUCCGAAUCACUCGACACUCUCUGAGAAUAGCACCACCGAGUGCCCCUUUCCACACCGCCACCUAUCUCCUGUACAACGAUGCAGCGCGACAACAGAUCACCGUCAAGCGAUAUAGAUCGGGGCCGGACCUCCGGCGAUGACUUCGAUCAGCAAGGUUCCUGGAGUGCGACCUUGCCGACGACUGAGCACUACUACUUUCAUGGUGGUGCAAGAACAACCCAGAUCUACCGCCGACCUGAUUGCGAUGACUCGGAGCAGAUUGCCCAUCCGCAGUUUGUUGAAGACCAUCGGUCGCGAUUUACCUCGCCGACUUACAGCGGGACCAGCGCCGGUGGACCACCGAGCGUCGACAGCUCUCGCAGCGAUUGCAAUAGCUCACCGAGGUUGAAGACCGAGACAGGAGGUCACUGGUGUUCACAAUCGCCCACCCCACUCCUUGAGAACAUGCCACUCCCUCACGGUGGCUAUGCCCCUGGGUCGCAAUAUACGGCAUCGUUACAUGCUUGCGUCGCUAUGCAUGAAGUUCAUCCACAGGCCGACGAGCCCGAUGACACCCCCACUUCCUCGCUGGGGAGGGGUGUCGCGUACCCCUAUCCGCACCUGCACCCAUUGACAUAUUAUGACGGAUUCGUGCCAGACGAUGGUCAAGCAGGGUUACCGCCGGACAUCGAGCCUGCGUAUGGCUCUCGGGAACAGAAUCGUGAAAUGCUCUCUCACCCGGGCGAGGGUGGAAGGCCUGCCAAUUUUCGUCAUCGAAGGACGCUGUCGGCAACCACAGAUAGAACCACUACUGGCAGGAUACGGCGUCCGCCAUACUCGCGACAUGGCUCUUCCAACCAGCCAAGCACACGAUCACGAUCAUCGAGCAGUCGUGCUGCGCCAGCGAGCGUUUUCCCGUGCCUCUUUGUCGUCUAUGGCUGCGACCGCACGUUCACGUCGAAGAACGAAUGGAAGCGUCACAUUCAGACACAGCACGUCCAACUCGAAUACUGGCGCUGUAUACAGUGCUUCAAAGGGCCGUCGAGCGAACAAGAUAAGGAUUUCAAUCGCAAGGACCUCUUUACACAGCACAUCCUGCGCAUGCAUUCAACGCAGAGUGAGCAGUCUUCCACCCGUGGGGGAAAGGUAAAGAGCGACACGCAAAAGAGAUAUGAGGAUAUGGAGGCCGAGAGAUGCCGCAGGACCUUGCGACAGCCUCCGAACGACAGCCGAUGCAUCGUAUGCGACCAGACCUUCUCAGGUCCUGGUAGCUGGGAGCAAUGUAUCGACCACAUUGGCAAGCACCUGGAUACUGCGGCCAAAGAUGGGCUUGCCGACAUGCUAAACCCACGCAAUUGGCGACAGGAUUAUGCUCUUCAGCAGUAUUUGCAGCGCGAGGACAUUCUGACGAUCGAUACUCAGGGCUCUCUUAGGCUUUCUUAG